AUGGUAGGCAAUGGCAUAACACACAAUGUGGCUACCAAGGUGGCCUCAGUAGUUACUACUGCUCAGAACCACAUUGCAGGUCAUGAGCUUAGCCUGUUUGCCAUGUCUGACCAAAAAAUCUUAGAGCAAAUUUAUGGAACUCAUGUUCAUGCUGAUGAAUCCUUUGACGAUGAUUCUCUUUUUGUCAUCGUUGAGAACAUCCUCAAGCGAGCAACCCAAAUUGUUGACAAAAUCGUGCAGGGUACCCAAGUGCAUGUUGAAAACAUAGAAGAGAAGACCCCCAAACCAGGCUUCAGUACACCAUUGUGCACACUUAAGUCAAUAGCCUCCGAGAUGCAAUGCAAGCCUCCAGGUGAGGAAGUUGCGCACCGCACAACCCUGGCAAUACUGAACAAGCUAUCAAGCUAUUCAUGGGAAGCAAAGGCAGUGCUGACUCUAGCAGCUUUUGCAAUGGAAUAUGGGGAGUUCUGGCUCCUUGCCCAGCUUCACGAAUCGGACCGACUUGCCAAAUCAAUUGCAAUCCUGAAGCGAGUCCCUGUCCUCCUCAAGCACUCAGACCUGCACAAAAGAAGACAAGCAGUGCUUGAGCUUAAUAAUCUGAUCAAGGCUACAUUGCAAGUGAUUGAGUGCAUCGAUCAGUUCGAUAAGCUUUCUAGCUACGACCCGAAAGAUGUGCCAGGAUUAGCAAUUGCAAUGGACCAUAUUCCAGUGGAUGUGUAUUGGGCUAUUAUGACUGUUGUUGCUUGUGCAACUAAGGUCACUAUUCUCACCAGUGAUGAGGUCAAGGACCAUGAUCUAGCCCCGUUUGCUCAAAAAAUCCACUAUGUCCUAAACAAGCUUAAGAUCCAGCUAAUAGUUUGCAGAAAACAAAUUGAGGAGGCAGAGGCUUACCGGAGGAUAAGGAAAACCUUCCAAACUCCUACUGAGAUUAUGGAGGUUUUCAAGGCCCUCAUCUUUACCAAGGACAAUGUCCAGCCACUCAUUGAUGGUUCUACUAAACAAAUGGUUAAAAUCGAUAUACUAAGGAGGAAGAAUGUGCUGUUGUUCAUUUCAAGCCUGGACAUCUCCGAUGAUGACAUUUCUAUCCUCAAACCCAUCUAUGAGUUCACCAAGAAAGAGAACCAGCAUAAGAUUGUCUGGGUUCCAGUUGUCGAGCACUGGACCGAUGACCUGCGAAAGAAGUUUGAGACCCUGAGGCUGAAGAUGCCAUGGUACACAGUGCAGAACCCUGCACCCAUAGCCGGCAUCAGGUUCAUCAAGGAGGAGUGGAACUUCAAGGGUAAGCCUGCACUGGUGGUGAUGAACCCACAAGGAAAGGUCGAGCAUUCCAACGCUCUCCACAUGAUUCGGAUAUGGGGAGUUAAGGCCUUCCCUUUCACAAAGGCAACUGAAGAAGAACUCUCACAUUCUCACGGAGAUAGAUGGGUUGGCAAUGUAGUCCAGGACAUUCACCCAUCUCUUCCCAACUGGAUCAAAGAGGAGAAGUACAUCUUCUUCUAUGGAGGCAAAGACAACGACUGGAUUCAGCAAUUCACCAAGAAAGCAAGUGCCCUCGCAAACGACCCCGUUUUCAAGGAAGCAAAGAUUCACAUCGAGUUGUUUUGUGUGGGGAAGGGAAGCAAAGGUGAAGAUGACCAUGGCAUUCUAGGACACUUCUGGUCCGGCAUAGAAAGCCUCUUCUUCACCAAGGGCCACAAGCAAGUCGACCCAGUCACUCAAGAAAUCCAGAAGCUGCUUUCUUACAAAAACGAAAGUGGAUGGGCUGUGCUCAGCAAAGGGUCUUCUAUGUUGCUCACUGGCCAUGGAGUGUCAAUCCUAAGGGUCAUAGAGGACUUUGACAAAUGGAAGGACCAUGUGAAAGAGAAAGGCUUUGAGUUUUGUUUCAAAGCAUACCAUGAGAAGGUUCGUCUUGCAACUCGACCUUGCUGCCGCCUAGAUAUUCCAGGCUCUACCGGGAAGGUCCCAGACACAAUGAAAUGCCCGGAUUGCCACCGUAGCAUGGAGACUUUUAUCAGUUACAAGUGCUGCCACAUUGAUGGCCCUAAUGCACAUCAUUAA